UGUGUCACCGUGGUUUUCUUGAUUUUUUCUAAUCCCCUCUCUCUCUCUCUCUCUCUCUCUCUCUCACCUCGCCUGGGUGAAAUUUUGUUCAUGCAGGAGGGAAUUCGCAGGGAUGUUCUCGAUUACUUCGGCGGAGUUGAACUACCUCAUCUUCCGUUAUCUCAAUGAGUCUGGAUUCACGCACACAGCAUUUACUUUAGGAUAUGAGGCAGGGCUUAAUAAAAGUACCAUUGAUAGCAGCGAUAUCCCUCCUGGUGCUCUUGUUACGUUUGUUCAGAAAGGAAUUCAAUAUCUUGAGCUUGAGGCUAAUUUGAGUAAUGACGGUGAUGACACAGAAGAAGAUUUCCAGUUCCUGCAUCCACUGGAUCUCAUAACAAAAGAUGUGAAUGAACUUCAAAAGAUUGUAAUAGAGAAAAAAGAAAAAAAUCUGAAAGAUAAAUCUAAGGGUAAAGAGAAACAAAAUGUUGAAAAUGGGCAAGGCCUGGAUCACAGAGAUGAAAUGGAAAUGGAAAUGGAAAAGGACAAGAACAAGGAGCUUGCUAGGGUAAAGGAGAAUGAAAAACAACAUAGGGAUAAAGAAAAGGAACGGGAGAGACAGAGAGCAGAUAAAGAAAAGGAGAAAGCAAAAGGGAAAGAAAAGGAAGAGCCAGUUGAAGGUGUCAGUGAUUUAAAUCAUGCCCAGAAUGGAGUAAAUGGAAAAAUUGAGGAGAAUAAAACUGAUGGAGGAGCCGAACCAAUGGAUAUUUGUUCUAGUUUAGCUACUUUGCCCUGUGAAUUCCCAAGUUCUGAUGUUACUCUAUUACAAGGCCACACUUCCGAGCAUUCGCAGGUUUUUUCAUGUGCGUGGAAUCCUGUUGGAUCACUUCUUGCUUCUGGCUCUGGAGAUUCCACUGCUAGAAUUUGGAGAAUUGAUGGAUCCUCUAGCUCCAAUUUGGAAAAUGGGUCACCUAGUAUUGUAUUAAGGCAUUUCAGGGGCCGACCAAAUGAGAAAUGCAAGGAUGUAACAACACUGGACUGGAAUGCUGAAGGUUCACUACUUGCCACUGGUUCAUAUGAUGGCCAAGCUAGGUUAUGGAGUAAAGAAGGGGAGUUGAUUGGUUCAUUGAAUAAGCAUAAAGGACCAAUUUUCUCUUUGAAGUGGAACAAGAAAGGGGAUCUUCUUCUUAGUGGAAGUGUUGAUAAAACUGCAAUUGUAUGGGACGUCAAGACUGGCGACUGGAAGCAACAACUUGAAUGUCACUCAGCUCCCAUACUUGAUGUUGAUUGGAGAAACAAUGGCUCUUUUGCUACAUGUUCUGCUGAUAGCAUGAUAUAUGUUUUCAAAGCCGGUGAUGAUCGACCAAUCAGGUGUUUUGCAGGGCAUCAGGCUGAAGUUAAUGCUAUCAAGUGGGACCCUACAGGGUCAAUGCUGGCCUCCUGUUCCGACGAUACAACAGCGAAGAUUUGGACUACAAAACAGGACAACUGUGUACUAGAUCUGAGGGAUCACACCAAAGAAAUCUACACUGUGAGAUGGAGUCCUACAGGACCGGGUACAAACAACCCUAAUAAGCAACUGCUAUUGGCAAGCGCCUCCUUCGAUUCAACCAUAAAGUUGUGGGAUGUGGACGGUGGCCGCCUUGUUCACAGCUUAAAUGGCCACAGGGAUCCAGUUUAUUCGGUUGCAUUCAGCCCCAAUGGUAACUAUUUAGCCAGUGGAUCACUAGAUAAGUGCUUGCACAUAUGGUCUGUGAAGGAAGCCAAGAUCAUAAAGACUUAUACAGGAAAUGGUGGGAUUUUUGAAGUUUGCUGGAACAGAGAAGGAAACAAGAUUGCUGCUUGUUUCGCCAACAAUGUGGUGUGUGUGCUCGAUUUCAGAAUGUAGAGAUUACAAGGUUUCUGUCCAGCAAUAACAAAAUCUAAUUAGGUUCUGAUUGCAUUAACUGAGUCUAGACUUCUGGAUGUUGCUCAAUUCAAUGUGUGAUCUUCCCUUUGAAGAGCAAUGAAGAAGAUGGUACAUACAGUAGCCAUUCUCUCUAUGUAAAUGAUUUCUCACUUUUCGUAGGUUCUUGUGCAAAGCUAUUUUAAACAGAUACGCUGACUAUUGUCUUUAUUUAUUAAUUAUUUUUAUUGUUAUUCCAUUUGAGGACA